AUGGAUACGAAACAACGAUUCAUGAAUCUCCUUAAUAUAUUAUCGUUUAAAGCUACUCGUUUACUAAUUGCUUUUGAAUAUACAAUGCCAUCAUAUUUAAAACCGAAAAAAACAUCAUCUGUAACAACUGCGCGAAAUCAAUUUGCACGUGAAUUAAUCCAGCACGAACUUCAAGAAACAUAUUCAUUCGACCAGAUACUUUAUUGUAGAAAUAUUAUUAAUGCUAAUACAACAAGUAAAAUGGAAAUGGGAAUUAAUAUUGACUUGCAAGAUACAAUUAAUCGUUUUAAAAUCAAUCACCCCCAUCAUCCAUAUAUACAAGAUUUAAAUACAAUUUCAUUAGUACCAUUUCGUACAACGUGUAACAAUAUAUUAGGUGAUAUUGAAUGUGGUAAUCAAUUAAAAAUCGAAUUUCAUAUGACAGGUUUUAUUCUUUAUCCAACAUCAAUUCAACCGUGUACAUUAUAUAGUGGUGAAUGUGGUAGUUGUAAUAGAAGUUAUCGUAUAUCGUCAAUCUAUUGUUACAAUGAGAAAAAAAUUAUUAUUACUCCAGAAUCACUUGAACAAAAUAAUUUUUUUCAUUUAUCAUCUGGUAAAUUAGUGUUUUCACGUGAAAUCCUUGUAUCUUUUUCUUCGGAUCUUGUUAAUGGCCAUGUUAGUUGUAAUGGUGCCGGUACAUCUUUAUUAUCAAAAGUUGCACGUCUUCAUCCUGAAUUUAAUAAAAAAUUUGAUUCGGUACAAAUAAUUCGUUCUUUGGAAGCUCAUUGGAUUUACUUCGAGCUUUUUAAUUUUAUCUUUAUGACAAGUUCAGAAAAAGAAAUUGUUGCUCCACGUGCACUUUUUGCUGGUCGAAAUAUUCAAGCUGGUGGUAUAAUAAAUGUCAAAGCACAAUUUCUUGAAGAACGUUUAGAUUGGAUGUACAACCUAUUCAGUAUCUUUUGGUCACAUCACAAUCUCAUUCCUGAAUGUGUUUGUGAUAAAUCAAUUUGUUCACGAGUAUUAGUUCUCGAUGGCCAUCAAAAGCCCCGUCGUACAGUAUGUCGUUUUGAUAAUGUAACAUCACUUGUGAACCAAGAAGAAUUAGGGCCCUGCAAUCGUGGUUGUCCUUAUCAGCCCAAGCGGCGUACACCUGAUAAAAAAAACAAGAAUAAACGCUCUCCACUUUAUUGCUAUUUUCAUCAAAAUUUAGAAGAAACAAUGUCUUUAUCGACAAAGGAACACAAUCAACGUGAACAAGCAUGGUAUAAUGAAUUAAAAUCUAUUCAAAAACAAAAUAUUUUGAACAAUAAUACAACACAUGAAUCAUGUAACGUAGUUAGAUCAGAAGAAGUUGGUAAAGAUGAAGAAAAACGUCGAAGUAUGGGUUUUCUCGCUUCAUUUUUAUCAUGUGGAAUCAUCAUAGGGUUUACGGAAUCAAUCAACCAUGAAGGGGUCCGCAUGGUUACUGAUCAUCUUUUAACCAUGAUCAAAAUGGGUACAAAGUUACCUAAUGCUAUGAUUUAUGAUGCUGCAUGUAAUUUAAAAUUAUUCUGGAAUAAACAAUACCGUGGAAUCCACUUGAAAGAAACUCCCUCAAGCACAAGUUUGUUCAAUAUGCGGGUAGCCGUUGACAGAUUUCAUCAUAAGAAUCAUGUACAUAGCAUAUGCAAGACAAUUACUAAUCCUGAUUGCGCAUUAACUGGAAAUGAUGAAAUUUAUCGUGGUAUCAAUACAAGCAUUGCCGAGCAAUCUUUCAGAUAUUUAAGUGAAUUUAAAUUGUCGUUACGUCGAUUGGCAUAUCCAACAUCAACAGUUUUCAGUAUUUUAUUACUUCAUUUAUGGAAUUGUCGUCGUAUUCAAAUUUCACCAGAUUCUUUCGGUUUAGGUGUCAAAUAUAUGUCUGAUAAAAUUAAACCAUUAUUUCUUACAUAUUGUAUAUUCGAAACUGCACAAUUAUAUCAAAAAAAAGUUGAAAUAGAAUCAUUCAAUUUAACCUAUAUACAAGAUGAUGAUGUUGAUGAUGAUGGAAAGAUUAAUAUAGAAACAAGUGAUAAUAAUGUUGAACAAUUAAAUUAUGAUUGUUAUGUUAACAUGGAGCAAUAUACUUGGGAUUCGGAUGAAUCAGGUGAUGAUCAUAAAGAUUAG